CUCGCUCGGAAUCGCCGUUGGAGUGGGUCUGGUAAUCACUACCCAAAGAAACUUACCUCUCGCUAGAGUUUCAGGUUAAAUGGGUAGGGAAAUUGCUUAAUCUCUGAACCGAUGGAUCCUCCUCCACGACCACCUGCUAAAGAGGUGGGGAAUGAAUUUGCAAAAGAUUACUAUACCGUCUUGAAAGAUUAUCCGCAGCAACUCCGUGGGGUUUAUCAAGAUUCCAGUAAGAUUGGACGGACUAGAAACGAUGGAAUGAUGCGUUUAAACACCUUAUCGAAUAUAGACGAUGAGAAUCUUAGUGGAGGUUUUGGUUCGGUGGAGGUAACCAGUAUCAUUUCCCGAGACUGUCAAGAUGGUGUUGUCUUGGUUGUUGUCUGUGGCUACUCCACUCAAAAAGAGACACUUGAAAUGAUGAAGAACUUCAUCCAAGUUUUCUUUCUUGCUCCCCAAGAAGCCGAGGGCUACGUUGUUUUGAUUGACAUUCUCCAAUUUGAUGACCAGACGAUUGUUUCUGCUAGUAAUAAUGUCGUAGAGGAGAGAGUUUCAGAAAAGGAGGUCGCUCGCAAAGAAGUUGCAGAUUGUUUACUGAGAGCUUUUGAACAAAAAGAUGGACUCGAAGAUUUGUCUAAGAUAUCUGAUGCCUCUGCUGCGAUACAAAAAUGUCAAGAUCAACAUCCGUCUUGUGAUCCUUCUCCAGAGAUAAAAGCUGAUGAUAAAACUGAAAAUGGAAACAAUCACGAGGAUCAAGCGGUAACUGAGGGUACGGGAGUUUGCGUUAAAGUUCUUCCUCCACAUGCUACCAUUGAAUCGGUUCAAAAUGCAUUUAAGGAGUUUGGAGCAAUUAGAGGAAAUGGAAUUCAAGUUGUUUUUAACAGAUUGGGCUAUAAAAUUGGUUUUAUGGAGUUUGAGGAAGCAAAUGCUGCCCGGAAGGCAAUAGAGGCGUCCCCUGUGAUUGUUCUUGGGCGAGAAGUUCUUGUAAUGCCGAAGAAGCGAAGAUUUUAUGACUUUUGGGAAUGGCGGAAGUUGAAGGAGGAAGAAAGUAGACGUCAGGGGGAAGAGGGAGGAACAUUAGUUGAUCACUCUUGGGACGUUGAGCAGGUAAUGGAGGAGUAUAGAAAGUUUCAGGAGGAGCAGAGGAAGCUUGAGGAGGAACAAAGUAAGCAUCAGGAGGAAGAGAGAGGAACAAGAGUUGAUCAUUCGUGGAACUAUGAGACAAAAGUUAAGGACUUUUGGGACUGGCAGAGGUCAAAGGAGGAACAAAGUAAGCUUCAGGAGAUAGAAAGAGGAACAGGAGUGUAUCAUGCUCGGAACCAUGAGCAAGUACUGAAGACACAGAGGAAGCUUUGGGAGGAAAAGAUGACGAUUCACGAGAAGAAGGAGGAGUUCCAGGAAGAAAAGACGAAGUUUCAGGAGGAAAAGAUGAAGCUUCAGGAGGAAAGGAUGAAGUUGAAGCUUCAGGAAGAAAAGAUGAAGUUUCAGGAGGAAAAGAUAAAGCUUCAGGAGGAAAGGACAAAGCUUCAGGAGGAAAGGAUUCAGGAAGAAAAGAUAAAGCUUCAGGAGGAAAGGACAAAGCUUCAGGAGGAAAAGAUAAAGCUUCAAGAGGAAAGGAUUCAGGAAGAAAAGAUAAAGCUUCAGGAGGAAAAGAUAAAGCUUCAAGAGAAAAGGAUUCAGGAAGAAAAGAUGAAGCUUCAGGAGGAAAUGAUGAAGUUUCAGGAGGAAAAGAUGACGAUUCACGAGAAGAAGGUGGAGUUCCAGGAAGAAAAGACGAAGUUUCAGGAAGAAAAGAUGAAGCUUCAGGAGGAAAAGAUAAAGCUGAAGCUUCAGGAGGAAAAGAUAAAGCUUCAUGAGAAAAGGAUUCAGGAAGAAAAGAUGAAGCUUCAGGAGGAAAUGAUGAAGUUUCAGGAAGAAGAAGAGAAUCACAACUGGACGUGUCUAGUAAUGUAGAUAGAGGAGGGGAUUUACAUGCAUAUAUGGGUGUGUAGUGAUAGAAUCUUAACAACUGAUUAGACUAAAAACAGUAGGAGAGGUUUUUGGUUCAUGUAGUGGUAAAAGUGAUUUGAUAUA